CCUGCUGUGUGCCUGACUGAGGGGCUCCUCUGUGUUAUUUACCACAGUGCCUCCUCGCCACGCACAGCGCCGGUUGCGUCGUAGUUCAGCGCGUGGCAAGGGCAUCACAAAUGGUUAGGGAAGACAAUUUGCUCCUCCGUUUGUUCAGAGAAUAGCAAAUUAAAUCGGCAGGACUCCUGAGGCGGUACAAUGGUUUGACAUUUUAGAAAGGAAUAGCCUUCUUUUUUUCCAACGUGGGCGCAUGCAUACGAAUGAGAGUCAGAGAUGCCAAGCAGCAAGCCAGGGGCACUUGGAGAGGAUGAAGACUUGAAAUAUGAGUGGACCGGACCUUCUUUUAUGAAAUAUUAUCUAAACGACAAAUAAUUUGCAUUUUCUCAUAAGGGAGGAGUUGUGGCACCGCCUCAGCCUUUGUUGGCACAUAGAUGGAUGACUUUUGUGCGAGGAUAAAGAAAGCGAAGAGUCCCUGUAACUUUAUAUAGGUCACACGUGAGCGACGCGUAAUAUCAAGUAACUCAAACAUUGCCUUUAAGUAGCAGACUUGACGUGCGCUCUUGUGGAACUCGGGAAGGCAUCCAGGUGCGCCCCAUGUUUCGUUUAGGACACACCGGUACCGGCAGUGCCUGCGGGACAUAAAGCACAGUUGGGACUUGAGAGCAGCGUUUGGCUGUUGGCCAGUGAUGCCGGACACAUUCACAAUCAUAAAGAACCGGACAGAGCCACGGCUGGGGCAGCUAGAGCGCACACUGGCCACGGAAGGGAGCGCCCGCCCCGCCUGGGUCAUAGCAAUCCUGGCCAGCGUUUUGAUCUUCACCACGGUGGUGGACGUGCUGGGAAAUCUGCUGGUGAUAAUCUCGGUGUUCAGGAACCGCAAGCUGAGGAACUCGGGUAAUGUGUUUGUGGUGAGUUUGGCCUUUGCUGACCUCGUGGUAGCCUUCUACCCCUACCCCUUGGUUCUCUAUGCUCUCUUUCACGAUGGAUGGGCACUGGGAAACAUACAAUGCAUGGUCAGCGGUUUCCUUAUGGGGCUGAGUGUCAUCGGUUCCAUUUUCAACAUCACUGGGAUUGCAGUGAACAGAUACUGCUACAUCUGCCACUCAUUCUCCUACAGUCGGCUGUACAGCUAUCGCAACACUCUGCUGUUUGUUGCCUUAAUUUGGGUGCUCACAGUUGUGGCAAUUGUCCCCAAUUUCUUCGUUGGCUCCCUGCGCUACGACCCGCGGGUGUACUCCUGCACCUUCGCCCAGAAUGUCAGCAGUUCCUACACAGUGGCGGUAGUGGUGGUUCACUUCUUGGUUCCCAUCGCAGUGGUCACCUUCUGUUAUUUACGCAUCUGGGUGCUUGUGAUUCAGGUGCGACGUAAAGUGAAGACAGAGGAGAGCCCUCGCCUCAGACCAAGUGACUUGCGGAAUUUCAUCACCAUGUUUGUGGUCUUUGUGCUCUUUGCCAUCUGCUGGGCUCCGCUCAACCUGAUUGGCUUGGCGGUGGCCAUAGAUCCGUCCCGUGUGGCUCCCCGUAUCCCCGAGUGGCUUUUCGUGGUCAGCUACUUCAUGGCCUACUUCAAUAGCUGUCUCAACGCCAUCAUCUAUGGCUUACUCAACAGGAAUUUUAGGAACGAGUACAAACGCAUUGUCACCUCCGUCUGGGUGACUCGGCUUUUUGUGACAGAGACUUCGCGAGCCGCCACAGACGGCAGGAGCAUGAGGAGCAAGCAAUCGCCGCCUCCGCCACUCAACAACAACGAGUCGGUCAGAGAUCGUACAAACAAAGAAUGAAAUCUGAAACCUUUGAGCCUGUUAAGUGGUAAUUCCUGUUUUUAUGUGACAUCCAGACGGUUGUGCAGCUAAAGAGUAACAAGUAACAGAUGAAACUUGAUUGCAUGGCUCAGUUUUCUUUAAGUUCUUAUUGAUCAGAACUGGGCACAACAUGUUUCUAUCUGUGGAGAAAUUUUUCUAAUCAUUUUUAAAGUUGUGAAGAACUACGUAAUUACCUGCACAGAGGUUAUGUUUUUUUGUUCAGUUUGUUUGUCAGCGGGAUUAUGGAAAAACUCCAGGCCCGAUUUCCAUUAAACUUGGUGCGAGGGUGUAGCAUGGGCCAAGGUAGCACCCAUUAAAUUUUGGAGUGGAUUCAAAUCAUGGGGCAGAUACACAAAUUCACUUUCAUUAACAUUGCGAGAUAGGGCCUCCUUGGCGGAGGUCUGCCCUCUCUGGUGCCCUUCUAGUUAAUAUAAUGAGUUCUGAGAGUUCAUUGUUUGGUCCAUUUUACCCAACAACUUUGCUAAAAUGCUCAAUCAGUAUUCUCUGUGAUUCUCAACCACUAAGCAUCAACAGAGCAAACAUUUUUAGAGAUGUUGUUAUGUCCUGGGAGGACAGAGCCAUGCAUUGCAGUUUCAUUUUGCUUGUACUCUAAAAACAAUCUGAAUGGUACUUAAAUAUUUCUUAAAAAAUGUAAUAUCCUUUAAUGUCUGCUGCUUUAGACAUAUUUCACAAAAUGGGGUAACCACUAGUAAACAUACACCUCUUUUUAGUAACUUCAAAAGCCUCAAAUAGUACAACUCGCCUCACCUGAAUGCUACACUAGAAGAAGAGGAGACAGGGUUUGACGUGGUGACAGUAACGUGGUCAGUAGCAUAAACUCCAUGCUGCCUGCUUUCACCCUCUUGCACUGUUAAGACUGACAAAAAAUACUUAGUAAUUAAUAUAAUAUCCUACAUUAAUUCAGGAAAUGAAGCUACUGAUGGAUGACACAAAGCAAGUCAUGUUCAAAUCCAGCACCACACCUUGUAGGAAGUGCCAUUUAACAUGGCUGCUUUAGUUUUUGAAAGUUCUGACACAAAUGGUGCAUGUGAUGUAGCAGGUGGAGGACACCUACAUAUCUAUUAUUGCUGCUGUAUUCAUCAUUCUGCAUAACACCACACCACUAAUUAUACUUCUCAGCUGCUGCAGUUGGACCAUUAUGUAACUUUAAUACUAAUUUAUAGGUCACUGUAGGCUGCAUGCAAAGCCUCCCUAGUUAUCAUCUUUUAAAUAAAAACAGUUUCCUACAACACGCAAAAGCAUUGUGAGAAAAAAAUGAUCAGCCUAUUUCCGAGACAGCUCUUCUAAUUUGUAUUUUCCCAAAAUAUUCUAUUCAUGUUUAAUUGAACAAUAUUGAUUCUUUUUUUGUUUUUUUCUACAGGAGUGUAACACGAGUUUUAUACAGAGCACAAAAAGUAUUUACAGUAUACUGUACCAUCCCUAAAGCACGGCUAGCCUAUAGGCACACACCUUCAGAAACACAAUAAAUAAAAUCCAAUAUAUAGAAAUGUUUAAACAAUAACAGUUUGUAACCAAGACUAUAAAAUGUUGAGACGGGGCAACCCAGACAAGGAGACAAAAUAAAUGUUAAUGUACUUUAAGCCUACAAUGGAGGGCACAAUUUUAUUUACACAAUUGGUGGAAAGUAACUAGGUACAUUUACUCAACUCCUGUACUUGCAACACGUUCUCACUCCGACCUCAUAUAUCAACAUUUAGUCAUGGACUUUCCACGUCCACAUAUGAC